UCCAUUUCCAUCCCUUAUAUAUACUCAAUACACAAUUACACAUACAUUGCAUACAUAUCAGCACCCUCGUAUUAUAACACAGUGCCGGAGAAAAACAAGCUUUGAGCUCUCUUUAACCCCUUUGAUUUGAAGAAAUGGACGCUGGAGAAGAUGCCUCAAUCAAGAUGUCGGUGAAUGAUGUUUUUAAAGAUUUUCGAGGAAGGAGGAAAGGCUUGAUUAAGGCUAUGACUACUGAUUUCGACAAGUUUUACGAGGAUUGUGACCCUGGGAAGGAAAACCUAAGUCUAUAUGGAUACCCGGAUGGGUCAUGGGAAGUUAAGUUGCCUGUUGAUGAGGUGCCCCCCGAAUAUCCCGAACCUGUAGUAGGUAUAAACUUUUCAAAAGAAGGGAUGUGUCAAAGUAACUGGCUAUCACUUGUGGCAAUACAUAGUGAUGCAUGGUUGAUUUCUACUGCAAUGUAUUUGGGUGCUCGUUUCAGCUUUGACAAGAAUGACAGGAUGAGACUCUUUGAGAAGAUAAAUGGGCUACCAAAUGUCUUUGAAGUUGUUAUCGGGAAUUUUUCAGAGCAAUUGUCUACUGAUCCAAGCAAUGUAAAAGAAGCUUUUACCGCAAAGCAGCCUGAACAACUGGCUGCCAAUCAAAGCAAUGAGAAAACAAACAUAAGUGGCAAGAUGGUUUAUAUAUCAAACAGUGAUAUCAAAAGCAAACCAAGUGGAAAGAUGGCACAGACUCAGUCCUUUGGGCUGCAGCCAAAGCGAGUAAAGAUGUCCCCUCCACCCAAAGCUGAUGUUGAUAGUGAUGAGGAAGAGUUAGCUGAUGAACUGGACACAUCAAAAUGUGGUGCCUGUGGAGAACAGGAUGAUGCUGAAGGAUUCUGGAUUUUCUGUGAUGUGUGUGAGAAAUGGUUUCAUGGAGAAUGUGUCAAAAUUACUCGUGCAAAGGCUAAGCAGAUUGGGCAUUACAAGUGCCCUGGUUGUAGUAUCAGAAGAGCUAGAGUAUAUUAGAUAGACAAUGGGCUUGGUGUCUGCAGUGCAUAUCAGACUAAAAUUUUAGUUUUUCAGGCAUAGAAGAUCAGAUUAGGCAAUACAUCUUUUUGAUACAUUUUGUUGUGUUUUAAGAAAAUUUGGAAUGUUGGCUCAUUUUUGAGUGGUGUGAAAAGCUGGAUUCAGCAAAACUAUUAUGUUGAUAAAUUGAGUAAAAAAUAGAGGAACAUAUGACAUAUAGUUAUACA